AGCACUGGUCUCACCUGCCCCUUUGCUGGACGCUGUGAGGUCAACAAGAUCCAGAGACGUCACUGCCCAGCCUGCAGGUUGCAGAAGUGCCUGGAUGCUGGCAUGAAGAAGGACAGUGAGUUGGCCCCUCCCAACACGAGCCUCCAUGGACCAGGUCUCUCGGCCUUGCCCUUGGUCCCACAGCGUGUACGUCACACAAGAAGAGUAGAAACAAGUCCGACGAUGUUACUAUUCCGCCCAAAACCCCAGCGGCUCCUCGUCCGCCUUACGGUCCGUGAUCCCACGACCCUCUCCCUCCUACUCUUUCCGCCUGGCUCAGCCCAUCACGGCCACACUCAAGCCACACAGUGCGGCUGUCAAACACACUCCUGGGGACCCGUGUGCUGGCAUUUGCUGUCCCCUCCACCAGGAAUCUGCUUGCCCCAGAUGUUCACGUGGCUUGACCUUUCUCUUCUAUGUUUCACAUAUAGUGCCUGUCACUCAGUAGGUACUUGAUAACCAUUAAUCACUUGCUGUCAUUUCUCCGCGCCAGGUACCCAGGCUAUGCUCCCCACAGAUAGUCUCCCCGGGGCUCGCAGAAGUCAAUGUGCCCCGGGUUCGCUCAGCUACAAAGCUACACCAUCUGUAUUUAAUCUCUUCUGUCUGACUCCCAAGGCCUUGCUUUUCCCAUGACAUCACACGACUUUUCCAUACGGAGCAGUGGAAAGGAAACCGUGGAAGUUAAAAACAAACAAACAAAAAAAAUUCAAGCUCCGUCACUUAAGUGUUUGUGACCUUGGACCUGUCACUGGGGUGUCAGCCCGCUCAUGUCUCUGAAAAACACAGAUAAUAACACCCGCCCUGUCUACCCAGAGGGUUACUGCAUCUAGGGAGAUUUAACCUCAGAACCCUCGAAAUGAGAGCGCUAUAUGGAAACAUACGGUGACGUUUUAGGCAUCCAGGGCCCUCCCUCGUCAGUGUUGGCCCAGGAGCCAAACAUCUCCCUUCACGACGACCCCCUUACCCUCCACCCUUCCUUAUUCCGCCGCGGGGCCCUUUUCUGCCGCAGGGCCUGGCAGGAUAGAAAAGUGGCCAGGAAUUCCCUUGCGGCCCGGAGCCUCGAGGAUUUCCGCCAAGCCCUCCCGCCCCACAUCCUUCACCCUGCUGGGUACCAGAGGGGUCCCGGACGUGGGGCUGGCAGAGACGGGUGCUCUGGGCUGGUCUCAGUGGCUCUGUCAUCUGUGUUCCCCGGACACAGUGAUCCUGUCGGCAGAGGCCUUGGCGCUGCGGCGAGCAAAGCAGGCCCAGCGGCGCGCGCAGCGAGCACCCAGCCAGCUGAGCGACAAGCAGAAAGAGCUGGUCCGGACUCUCCUGGGGGCCCACACCCGCCACGUGGGCACCAUGUUUCACCAGUUUGUGCAGUUCAGGCCUCCCGCUCAUCUGUUCGUCCGCCACCAGCAUUUGCCCGUCUCGGUCCCCGUACCGCCUCUGCUGACGCACUUCGCAGAGAUCAACACCUUCAUGGUGCAGCAAAUCAUCAAGUUCACCAAGGAUCUACCCCUCUUCCGGUCCCUGCCCAUGGAGGACCAGAUCUCCCUUCUCAAGGGAGCGGCUGUAGAGAUCUGCCAUAUCGCCCUCAACACGACCUUCUGCCUCCAAACACAAAACUUCCUCUGUGGGCCACUCCACUACGCGAUAGAGGACGCAGCCCACGUGGGCUUCCAGGAACAGUUUUUAGAGCUGCUCUUCCGCUUCCACGGGACCCUGAGACGACUCCAGCUCCAGGAGCCCGAGUAUGUGCUCAUGGCCGCCGUGGCCCUCUUCUCUCCCGGCCUGGGGUUACCCGGAGGGAACAGAUUGAUCAUCUGCAAGAGGUGACGGCACUGACCCUGCAGAGCUACAUCGAAGGCCAGCAGCCAAGGCCUGGGAGUCGGUUUCUGUAUGCGAAGCUGCUGGGCCUGUUGGCCGAGCUCCGGAGCAUUAACAACGCCUUUGGCUACCAAAUCCGGCACAUCCGGGGGCUGGCCGCCAUGAUGCCACUGCUCCAGGAGAUCUGCAGCUGAGGCCCCAGCCCAUGUGGACACACGGGACUGGGGAAGGGGGAAAUACUGGGGCCAGAGGUUGGGACCCGUAGAAAGGGAGCCCGGUGGUUGCAAUGAAAGACCAAAGCG